AUGUCGGCCCUCGCUCAUCUAGCCAGCCGCAACACCGAAAAGUAUCCCGACCUCAUCGAGGGAGGCAACCGCAUCCUACAACUCCCGGACGGCACCCCUUUUGCCGUUGAUGUCAUCGUCUCGCACGCACCUGCUGGACAGGUCGGAUACGACAUCCAGGGGGGAGACCUCAACGCAGAUCUAGUCAGCCUCAAGAUCAUGCGCCACCACCCGUCCAAGCCGCUCUCGAACGACGACGACGACGACGACGACCACGAUGAGGAGCACGACUUUCUCGACUACGCAAAGGCCGUCUUUGAGCUGGCACCCCCCUGCCCUCCGUACCCCAACCCGGCCUCCGAGCCAGACGACAACACCCUCGCCACACGAUCAAAGCGCUUCGCAUACGCCAACCUCCACAAGGCGAGCCACCUCAACGCCGCCAAGGUCUGGUCCUUCAUCUACGCCUUCUUCCAGCUGUGGCCAGCGCAGGAAUACUUCAGUCUCUGCACGCUGGACCUCAAACCGGGUGUCGUCGCGCAUCUCGUUGACAGCGGGCUCGCCACCGUGCACCCGCUCUUCAAGAGCGCCGACGGAGGCAAGCUCGACUACCUCCUCGUCUCGCGCGCCGCAUUCUGGCAGGGUCGUGGCCUGACCGCCAACCUGGCGCACUGGGUCCUGCCCAAGGCCGCCCCCUUGGCCCGCUCCAAGCUCCUCUCGUCCAACGCCUCACUCGGAUCCCUGCCUCCCACCAAACCAUCGCCCGAGGACGGCCCGCUCUACUCGCGCUACAUCCCCGACCUCCAGCAAACGCUCACCUUCCGCGUCGUCUCAUCCAAGAAUGCGCGCGACAUUGACCUCAUCACCCAGUGGCACGACUCGGACCGCGUCAACGAGGGCUGGAGGCAGCGCGGCUCGAGGGAGGACCAGCUCAAGGACGUCCAGAAGAUGGAGGCCAACCCGUACAGCCUUGGCCUGAUCGGAGAGUGGGAUGGCGAGCCCUGGGGCUAUGUCGAGGUGUACUACGCAAAGCAAAGUAACCUCAGGGACCAGUACGAUGCCUCGAUCCGCGACCGAGGCUUCCAUGCGCUCGUGGGCAACGAAAAGUUCAGGGGCCCGCACCGCGUUCGCUCCUGGAUGGGCAGUCUUGUGCACCUCAUGUUCUUGCUGGACCCGCAGACCGACCUCUGCGUCUCCGAACCGCGCCUGAGCAACACCAAGAUGGUCGAGUACGAAUGCAUGGUGGGCGGACACGUCGAAAAGUUCAUCGACUUUCCGCACAAGCGCGCCGCCCUCGUCUUUUUCCCGCGCCACCGCUUCUUCCAGCUCUGCCCGCUCCAGCCUCUACCCGAACACCUCCGCUCCCCCGUGAGCAAGUAG